UGACAAGAAGUGCGGACUGUGUUGUAAACAAUGUUUGUUGCAAGUCAAAAAAACAAGCCAUAUGUUAUAUAUUUAUAAAUUGUGACUUUGCAUUAUCAACAUCUUAAAUAGACUUCAGCAUGUAGACUAAUCUCUGUUAUAAAUGUUAAUUGAUUAAUUAACACCUCCCGCACUUACUAAAAUUUGAUUACAAGCAGUAUGGCUUCCAUGAGUGAGAGCGAAGAAGACAUUCUGUUUGAAAUCCCAGAAGCUGAACAGUUAUUGCUGAAAGAUUCAGUAGGCAUAGAAAAUAUGGAAGUGGAAAAGGAAAAAUCAUCAGGUUGUUGCAAGAAUGUCUGUGGAAAAAGAAGAAAGUUUCCUGUUUGUAUUUAUUAUAUAUUAGGAAAUGAAUUCUGUGAGAGGUUUAGCUACUAUGGAUUAAAAACUAUAUUGGUGAUUUAUCUAACAAAAUGGCUGAUGUUUAGCUCAGAUCAUGCUACCAUCAUUUACCAUGUUUUUACCAUGUUGUGUUAUUUUUCGCCCAUACUUGGAGCUAUAAUAGCAGAUGGUUAUUUAGGUAGAUUCAGGACUAUAAUGUACUUAUCUAUACUUUAUGCUAUUGGUAAUACAGUUUUAUCAUUAACAGCUCUUCCACCGCCAGAAGCAUAUGGACCAAUGAUAGGAUUAAUAUUAAUAGGAAUAGGAACGGGUGGUAUAAAACCUUGUGUAUCUGCUAUGGGAGGAGAUCAGUUUUCAUCAGAUCAAGAAAGAGAAAGACGGACAUUUUUUUCUGUAUUUUAUUUCAUGAUAAAUCUAGGCAGCAUGUUAUCCACUAUCAUAUCUCCCAUACUUAGAGCUGAUGUACAUUGUAUAGGUAAAAGUUGUUAUCCUUUAGCAUUUGGUGUUCCUGCCUUAUUAAUGUUUGUAGCUAUAUUAAUAUUUUUUGCUGGUAGAAAACAAUAUAAAAUGGUACCAUUAAGUGGUAAUGUUAUAGGCCAAGUUUGUAAAUGUAUUUGGCAUGCUAUUGCAAAAAAAUGUACAAGGAAUAAAACUGAGAAGAAAAAGAAUCAUUGGUUGGAUCAUGCUGAAGAUAAAUAUGAGCCAGAGUUUAUAGAUAAUGUAAAACGUGUGAUGAGAGUAUUAUGGUUAUUUUUACCGUUACCAGUAUUUUGGGCUCUGUUUGAUCAACAGGGUUCAAGAUGGACGUUACAAGCUGAACAAAUGGAUGGCCAUGUGGGGUCAUGGGGUCGUAUAAAACCGGAUCAAUUACAGGUUUUGAAUCCUAUUUUGAUCUUAGUUUUGAUACCUAUAUUUGAACAUAUAGUUUAUCCAUUUUUAGAAUAUUGUAAAAUCCCAGCAAGACCGUUACAGAAGAUGGUAGUUGGUAUGAUGUUUGGUGGGUUAGCGUUUGUUAUAGCAGGCUUUGUACAAAUCAAAUUAGAUACAUAUAAAGAAAGUCAUUUAAGUAGUGUAGAAUCUGGUGUAACGUUUAUUAAUACUGUAGAUUGUCCAAUAUCUAUAUCAUCAUCUAUAUACUCAAAAAUACUACAACCAAAUCAGAUAUCUGAAUUGAUAAGAUUUAAAGAGAAUAAUAUUAGUAUAAGUGGUAAAUGUGAAACUACAGGUUAUAGGACUACAUUUAAUGCUAGUUAUAAAGAUGGUCACUCGUAUCAGCUAGUAUUAAUGACAACUAAACAGGGAAUAUUCAAAAUAAAAAAGUUUGAAGAUAUGAGAUCAAAACCUAAAGCAGGAAGAGCAUCUAUUAGUAUUAUAAAUAACCUAGCUGUACCAUUAGAUAAUAAUUAUAUACAGUUAAUACGAACUGAUGAUAAAGAUCAACACCUACGAUUUAAUAUAACACAGUUUAAUACAACAGACUUUAAUCCUGUAGAACCGGGAAGUUACACCAUUUCUAUUCCUGGUACAACCAGCUCCAGAUAUUUUCUUCCAGAAGAAUAUACACUUGGAACUGGUGCUGUUUAUACACUUCUACUAUAUACAUCCAAUAAUAUACGAGACUAUAAUCCUUCACAGGUAAAAGAGUUACUUCAUACUAGUGUAGAUGUAAAUCAGGUGUCGAUGUUCUAUAUGAUACCACAAUAUAUAGUUAUAACUAUAGGCGAGGUUCUGUUCUCUGUAACAGGUCUUUCAUUUGCCUAUAAUGAGGCACCACAGUCAAUGAAAUCUGUUGUACAAGCUGGAUGGUUAACUACUACAGCUGUUGGUAAUCUUAUUGUUGUUUUUGUUGCUGAGAUAUCAUUAAUUCCAAGCCAGACAGCUGAAUUUUUUCUGUUUGCUGCCUUGAUGGGAUUAGAUAUUAUUUUGUUUGCCAUCAUGACAUGUUUUUAUACAUACUCAGGUCCGUUGACGCCUUAUAGUUCCCCUGACGCAAGUAGUGACACAGACACUCUAGUAAAUAAUGAGAUUAAAGAAGAUAUACCUCUACAAGAUACAAAUGGCAUAAAAAAUAAAUAUUCAUAAUAAUGUUUUAAUGUGGUCACUUUCGACUUUUAAGUUAACAUGCAAUGGAAAGAAAGUACCAUUGUGUUGAAUUAUUCUGAUGGAAUUUCGGUCACAGAGUAUUUUACUGUUAUUUGUAGUUUAAUGGCCCCCUUGUGUUGUUUCAAUAUAUUACGCAAUGUCUCAAGCUUGAGACCAUUAAACAACUUAAAGACAGACACUCACAUGUGCUAUGCAAUGAAAUAUGUCACGCGGGUCCAAAAUUGCAACUACUAUAAAUAAUGUACGCCAACAUCAAAGAAUGAGGUCACAUCUGUAUUUUAAAUCUAUUGAAACCCUGACUACAAAGUAUUUUUAAAAGCUAACAUUGAGCCGAGUUUAUCAUUUAUGGUGUACGGAGGGGUGGGAAUGGAACUUAAAUUUUAUGCACUCUCCACUCAUGAUCUACAAGUCUGGAAAGCACCUGUAACAGACUUUUAACACCAAUUAUCACAUAAAGUAUACUUGUAUAUUACAAUAUAUAUACGUUGUGUGAUAAUAUGUAUCAAACAAUGUCUAUAACAGUUGUCUUAUGUCCAGGCUUGUAUAUAUACCUUGUGUAAUAUUUUGUGUUUGAUAAACACUAUGAUGGUUGCCUUAUAUCCAGGCUUAGUAAUCUAUAAAUUAAACUAACUACUUCUGUAUGAAAGAGAUGGACAAAGACUAUGAUGGUUGCCUUAUAUCCAGGCUUAGUAAUCUAUAAAUUAAACUAACUACUUCUGUAUGAAAGAGAUUGACAAAGAUUAUGAUGGGUGUCUUAUCCAGGCUUAGUGAUCUAUAAAUUAAACUAACUUAUGUAUGAAAGAGAUUGAGGGAACAGAAUCUCAAUAUUGCUUAUUCUAGGUAUGCAUCUUAUUAAAUAUAAGUAAUGUUUAGCCUAUAGGUAAACUGAAAUAUCAGGCCAUAACUCAUACAUACUUUGGAAUUAAUAUAACUAACAUAUGAUAUAUAACUUUAAAAAAUAUUUUGAUAUUACAAAUGGAAAGGCAGAUUAUUGCUUUCUAGCAACCUUCUUUUAUUUGGAAUCUCAUCUGAGAGGGAGACAGACAGAAAGAGAUCUCUUGCCAAUAGUUUAGCAGUAAAAGUUCAUGACAUUGGCCUACACAGGGAAAAGUGGUAUUACCCCUUCCCCAAUAAUAUAAUUAUCGAUUUUACCUUAUAUCCUUAUAUAUGAUAAGGCUGUUAGAUAUAUAAGUUUUAAAGAUACAUUAUGUAAGAUUUAGAUAAAGAGCUGGCCGUUCUUGCUAUAAUAGUUAAAAAAAUAGAUAAUGAAAAAUGAAUAUAUUGAAAUUUCAUUCAAAUUACUGAGUGAAGAUACAUGUUAUAGCCUUUGAAGAUUUGACAAAAGGUGUGCACAUAUUGUAACCGAUGUACUGGUUGUUCGAGGCUAAGCCUCGCUUCACCAUUUUUACGGUAAAUCAUUAAAUGACUGAACCGUUCUAAUCUGCUUAAAAUCAGACCCAUCCUAUGGCAGCAAGAGUUGAUUAUGGUCUUGUCAUGUUAAUAAAUGCCUAAUUAUUAGUUUAUAUAACAUUUCAGGCCUAAAGAAAUACCUGCAUAGGCAGAUUUAGCUCUUGCAUAAUGCCUGUUUAAUAUUCAAUCAAAUUAUAUAGUUAAAUAUAUCGUCUGAGAAGUUGGGUGGUCAAAUGGGUUAACAGAUGCACGUUAGAUCAUGAGGUCUGUCAUGGAGUCAAAAAGGGUCUUCUGUCCAACCUUGUAUGUUUUCUCCGGUAAUCCAGUUUCACGAGAAUGGACAGACGUUGGGAAUCGAAACCAUGCCAGUUGGCGCAAUGACAGACCUUAUCUAAAGCCUAGCUCACAAUCUGCCGUACGUGCUACUGGCAAUAGACGGGGGAAAUUUUAGUAAACCCGCGAGGGAGACUUACGUUCAGCACUGUAGACUUUUGGUACUGCACAUACAAAAUUUUCACCCGGUUUCUUUCGGCUGGUCUGUGAGCUAGGCUUAAAAGCGCAUGCAUCAGACUCCUUUCCCCCUCCCCUCACUUACAUAAUAGAAUAAUGGAAGAUUAAAAUUAUCUUUAAUUGUUGUUUUAGUGGUUGUUAUAAUUUAUUGUUGUUUUAUUAUUUAUAUCUAUUUUAUGUUUAUUAUUUUAUGUAUGAAUAAUGUACAGUAAAAUAUGAUAUUAUGGUACACAUAUACAGGUAAUUACAAUGAACCAAUAAGCUCUUUAUCUGUAUGUUGAUAAAUUUAAUUUUAUCCCAAAUCAAAUCCACCUAUAUGUUAGAAUUGACACUUCGAUAAAAUGCCAUUUAAAAUCUCAUUGAGCUAGAAAUUAAAAAGUCAAAUUAGAAUUCGGUAUUGGUCCAUUUCAAUCAGUAUUGAUGUUGUUAUUUUGCAAUGACAAUAUGGGAUCCUGAUAUCCAGUAAUUAUGACAUGAUGAACAUUUUAAAUCAGUUCUCUAUAGUCUGGAGCCCCAUUUGUAAAGAACAAAGAAAAACAUAUCCAACAAGUCAAUGUAAAUUAUUAAAAUGGAUGAUCCACGAAUGACCAAAAGAUAAAUCUAUAGACUGGACUAACCAGGUUCAAUCGACUGAUAUUUAAUUUGGACUAAUCAUGUACUUCAAAGAACAAUACUGAAUACAAUAAAAAUUUUAAACAUUCAAUGUAAUUAAGUUUAUAUACAUUCAUAUUGAAUUAAUAGGGGUAUUAUUACUAUAAAUGUAUAUUAGGGUUUUAAUUCAAUAGUUCAUAUAGACUAAUAUAGAGGUAAUAAUGCUAUUAUGUCAGAGUUUUAACAGUUGAUAUAGGGGUAACAGUACUAUUAUGUCAGUAUUAAACAGUUGCUAUAGGGGUAAUUACGGUAUGUAAAUAGUUGGUUAUGGUAAUUAUUACGUUAUUGCUUCUUCCCAUCUAAUUAAAAUUUGAUUGUAUUUUCAUUCCAAUUUCAUUUUCACAAAAUCAAAUACCUGGAAUGAAAAAAAGUGAAAUUUUGAAUAGAUUGCCAGGCAUUCCUUAAAAUAUUUUGACUGUGAUCAAUAUGAUAGCUCAAAUAUUUUUGUUAACACAUGUUGAAUUAAAGAUUUACAUCCAUGUACAGACUUGUAAAUAAUUAAUAUGUUGUUAAUUUUGUUUUUAUUUUAUAAUUUAAUAAUAUAUCGCUCAAGAAUUCUA